AUGGCUCGAAUAACACCCUCGUUGCCGCUCAAGUCGCGCCUCAGUCCACAAGCCUUUCAGCUCCAAACCCGCAAUACCUCGCGCCGUACAUUCGCAUCUACUUGCAUUCGCCGCGAUCAAGAAGAGCGCACUCCUGAAACCCUAAAGACGCCGCGACCAGAGAGGAAGAAACCUCUUAGCCGAGCGCAAAAGCAAUUCCUGGACUCAGCACUCCGAGUCAACCAUGCGGGCGAAUUGGCGGCGACAUUGAUUUACACCUCUCAAACACCGCCCAUCACCAAGGCCUACCCUCAUCUAAGACCUCUGAUGAAGCACAUGUACGAUCAAGAAGCAGGACACUUCAGCAAAUUCAAUGAAAUGCUGGCGAAACACCGCAUACGACCCACUGCAAUGUAUCCAGUCUGGCAUGCAGCUGCUACGCUCUUGGGGUGGAGCACGGGAGCGAUGGGGCGAGAAGCGGCAAUGGCAUGCACGGAAGCCGUGGAGACGGAGAUUGGAGAUCAUUACAAUAAUCAGGUGCGGGAGCUGUUGUCCUGGUUCAAGGACAUGGAGGAACGCGGGGAGGAGCCUGGCGAGGAACUCAGAGCGCUGGUACAGGACAUUCGCAGAAUACGUGACGAGGAAUUGGAGCAUCUGGACCAUGCAGUGGAGAAUGAUGCCAAGGAGGCGAAUCCGUACGAGUUAUUGACGGGCAUCAUUCGAGGCGGAUGUCGCGGGGCGAUCUGGCUCAGCGAGCGAGUGUAG